CCGUAGGUGAUCAGACAGAUGAACCUAGAGCCGAUCCCAGAGGGCAUUGAGGAGGAGAUGUACGAUGGCGUGGCUGUCUCUUUAAUCUGUUGAUUAUGCUUUAUUUAAUUAACUGUAAUGCUUAUUACGUUUUCGGGCAAGAUCCCAAGUUGUUUGACUUUAAAAAGGCUUCCGCAUUAUUUUAAAUUACUCCGAUGGAUUUUUAUAUGUAUUGAAAGAACAAUGAGUCAAGAAUCAACCCAUGGUCAGUACGUUCCGGAACCGGAGCACGUGAGCGUGCACACGGUGAACACCGAGGGUUCAAGUUUCACGCCUCCGGGUGACGGAGGGCAACGACAGAAUCCACCUGAGCCAGCGGGACAGCCACCAGCUGUACCACCGCCAGUCGUACCACCUCCAGUGAUGCCACCGUUGGCGAUACCGCCGGUGGCCUACGAGCAGAUGUUCCCGGCCAUGAUGGCCCAUUAUAUGCAGCACAUGGCGCAGUUUAUGCCCAUGUUCCAGCCACCGCCACCACCACAACCGCAGCCGCGCAUCGUUACCUUCAAGAUGUUGAAGGAUAAUGGAGCGGAAGAGUUCCGAGGAGACAAUAUGGGGGAGCCCCAGAUUGCUUUGGAUUGGCUUGAGCAGAUGGACCGGGUACUCAAGAAUUUGAGAGUCCCAGAUGAUGAUCGCUCGGAGUUGGCGUCACAGAUGUUCCGGAAGGGAGCAUAUGAUUGGUGGAAGCGCAUUGACCAGGAUCCACACACGCCCAAGUCGUGGACCUGGGAUCGCUUCGAUCGAGCCUUCACGAAGGAGUACGUCCCCACCCGGUACCGCGAAGAGAGGCGCGAUGAGUUCGUUGCGCUUAAGCAGGAGGGGAUGUCACUGCCUGAACUAAGAUAGAGUGGUUUGACUUUGGUGAAAGUCUAAAUUGGUUUGACCGGUGGUCAAAGAGUUCAUGAGAAACCCGUAACACCUAAAUCGUUUUGAAAAGAAAGAAAAUAAGUUGACUGUUGGUCAACCGUCUAAAGAACCGAAUUUAAAGUUGAAUUGAUUUUUAUUAAAAGGAUAAACAUAUGUACGAUCUUAAUUGUUGAAUUAUUAUGUUUAUUCUUGUGCUACAAUGGAGUACCACUCAGCGUCAAUGCUGAGCGGAUAGCGUUGUUUUCUUUUGCUGUCCGUAGGUGAUCAGACAGAUGAACCUAGAGCCGAUCCCAGAGGGCAUUGAGGAGGAGAUGUACGAUGGCGUGGCUGUCUCUUUAAUCUGUUGAUUAUGCUUUAUUUAAUUAACUGUAAUGCUUAUUACGUUUUCGGGCAAGAUCUCAAGUUGUUUGACUUUAAAAAGGCUUCCGCAUUAUUUUAAAUUACUCCGAUGGAUUUUUAUAUGUAUUGAAAGAACGUUUGUUUAAAAUUGUUCUGAUAAUGUCGCAAAUUCGGAUACCAAUUCAGUGACACACCGGUCCGCUGUCUCACGGGUUUGGGUCAUGCGG